AUGAACCUUGGAUAUAUGAUCUCCAUCUUACUGCAUUUAUCAUCUCUGUUACAUAAUGAAGCAGCAGAUGCUCAUCCAGCUGAACGCAGGAUCGGAUCUCUCUUCUCCGACUUGGCCCUCAUCGGUGGUAGGAGAUAUCAGAAACGAUCGGGAAGCAAGAGUGGUAGCAGCAGCGGUGGAAUCAGUAUUGGUAGCAGAAGUGGUAGCAGCAGCGGUAGCAGCAGUGGUAGCAGAAGUGGUAGCAGAAGUGAGAGCAAUGAUUCAUCCGACGAGCGUUUCAGAAAGACAUAUCCCUCGGCAACCCUUCCUACCACAACAGUGACAGCACUUCCCAGAACCAUGCCACCAAGCGUUACAUCAGCUCGCACGGCGGCGACAACUCCGCUGCCACCACCACCACCAACACCACUAGAAACGACGGUGAUACCCUCUAUGACGCCUACAGUCCGAGUUGAAACUACGGAGCCAGCCACUUCGACGACAGCCACUCCUUCGACGCAGAAAGCAACGGCAACUCCCAUCACAUCCAGCUCUCCAACCACACCUACCACUCCCACUACACCAACCACUUCAAAGACAAUUACAACAGCUACAACGCCUACAAUCCCAACCACUCCUACAACUACUACCAUCCCAAAGACCCCUACGACGCCAACGACAUCAACUACCCCUACGACUACUAUGCCAACAACAACGACGACGCCAACUACUCCUAAAACACCUACUACUACCACGACACCUACGACUCCUACCACACCAACUACUCCUACCACACCUACGACCCCUACAACACCUACGACUCCUACAACACCUACGACACCAACCACGCCUACAACACCGACGACACCUAAGACAACUACCACACCAACUACUCCUACAACUCCUACGACACCAACAACCCCUACAACACCGACGACACCUACGACUCCUACAACACCUGCUACUACGACGACACCUACGACCCCUACGACACAAACUACCCCUUCGACUCCUACCACACCUACCACUCCACCAAGUACUACCAUGUGUAUACGUCGAGGAGAUAUCUGCCCAGGAGAGUGAUACUAAAUGGGGGGAUAAUUGGAGCAAAUUAAGAAAAAACACUGAAAAGUUUAAUCUCAUAAAGAACAAAGGAAUCUGUGACCAAAUGCUGGAAGGGGUAUGAUUUUAGCUUUUCAAGGCUCGGAAACUAUUUUUCAUUAUCCGAACAACACACUGCCUCCAUUGGAGCUAAGUGCAUG